UACAUGAUCCGCGCACGAGUCUAAACCGAAUCAAUUUCCACACAAAUUCCGAUUCAGCUCUCAUUCGGGUAAUCGAGAAUCGACUCAUUUUUGGCUCCUCGUUAUGCAAUUGAACUGAUUAGUCCUCCGCACAACAGCUGUGUAAAGUCUCACAAAAUCAACCCUUGACCCAUACAUCGAAUUCACACCGAGUAUUUACGAGGAGCUGGGAUGCUAAAUGAGUAGCUACCGACAUCAAAAAUGCUCUCAAAUUCAAACAUACUACCUAAACUCUACCUGUCCAUCAUUGAUGAUGUGAUAGAGAGUGUCCGAGAGCUGUUCAUAGAUGAAGGAGUAGAAGAGAAAGUUCUAGAUGAACUCAGGCAGCUAUGGGAGUCGAAGGUCCUACAGUCGAAAGCCGUGGAAGGUUUUGCCAAAGACAACAUCAAUCCGUCCGACUUUGUCCUGCAGAUUCCUGAAAGUUAUCCCCAAAAGCUACAGAAAUCCACAGCUUCUGGUGUUUUUCCUGCCAGGCAGCAGAAUUUCACAGGGAAAGCUAGCAACACCGGCACUAUCACGACAUUUUCCCUGCCACCUGGAGUCACUUAUCCUGUUCAGAUCCCUGCAGGUGUGACCCUACAGACCGCUUCAGGCCACUUCUACAAAGUGAAUGUUCCUGUGAUGGUAACUCAGGCUCCGGGUUGCCAGCGCAUGCCUCCUCAAUCCAACCAGCCACAUGUGGAGCAGAGAAACCUGCCCUCUGGUAUCCUUCAUAACCUCCCUGCCUCCCAGGUGCCUCCUCCACCUCCGUGUCCCCAAUCCGUACCCGCUCCCCAAACCCCCAAACAGCACCAGGUGCUUCAGCAUUUUCAGAUCCCCCUGGAACCUCCUAUUCAGACUCGGGUCCCUCCCGAGCCUCCUGUUAACCCCCAGCCUUCAGAGUCUCCCCCGGCAAACCUGGAUGAGUUUACGCUGGACGGAAUCGACUUUAGCCCGCAGCCGCUGGACAUGAGCACUCCGUCGUGUCUCUCGGCGGAACAGAUGGUGGAGAGGGCCAUUAAAGCGGCAGCAGAAGCCAGGCUUAAUGCUGAGGACACACUGAGUCAUUUUCUGCCUGAUUUGGAAAGGACACCUGAUGGUGCACUUAAGCUGGACAUGGACCUGCUGAGAGACUAUAACUUCAACGAGUUGACGGACAUCCCGCAGCUCGACGGGGCGUGUGACAGCAGCUCAGAGGCGGGAGAUGAUCAGGAGGAGGAAAAGGAGGAUCGAGGGCUUGUCGGGGAAAACGAGUUCCUGGGCAUGAUCAACGCCGAGGCUCUGCAGGCGCUUCAGGGGGUCGAAGGAAGCAGCGAUGGAAACGGCAGCUCCAGCAGUGACGGGGAUGAGCCUGAGCUGGAGGACGAGGAAGAGGAUCCACUGAACUCUGGAGAUGACGUAAGUGAUCAAGACAUACCUGAGAUCUUCGAUACUGAGAACGUUAUUGUCUGUCAGUAUGAUAAGAUUCAUCGCAGUAAAAACAGGUGGAAGUUUUACCUGAAAGACGGCGUGAUGUGUUACGCUGGUAAGGAGUAUGUUUUCUCCAAAGCUGUUGGGGAGGCUGAGUGGUGAGAUGGGGGGGGAAAGCAUGACACGAAACACCUUAUGAUGUUAUGUCAGUGUGUACAUUAUAUUCUUGGUUUGUUUUGGGAUUUGUUUAGAAAUUCUAUUUAAUUGAGUAAUUUUUUUUUGUUGUUGUUGUUAAUUCAAGAAAAAUUCUUUCACAAUUUUGUUUCAUGUAUAUCUGUGAUUUUUGCAUUUCCAGACUGUAUAAAAAUAUAUAUUUGCCAUAUAUUUUUAAGUGCAUUAAUUCUUCGAGAUGUUCUAAAUUUUUUUUUUUUUUGUCACUGUUUAAAUUAAAUGCACAGCAGAGAAAACUCAACUGGUGUCUUUUAUUUUAUUUAUUUAUUUAUUUUGUGUUGCCUAAUAUAUGAUUUUACAGUGGAAUGGAACCAAUUCUAGCGUCAUGGUCAGUCCUUGCGUUUUCAUACGAUUGUAUUAUUUCCAGUUAUAUUACUUGCAUCAUCCAUCUUCUUAUUGGAGUAUCCACGUUACAAAUGAUAAUGUAAAAAGCUAGAUUGGUGCAACGGUUGUCUUUCAGUGGCAUUUUAUAAACUUAAACAUGGACACAAAUCAUAUUUGUACUCUGCUACAAGUAAUCAGUUGACCGAUUUUGAGUCCAGACGACUGUAAAACACGUCCCGAUUUUAGGCCGGUCUUAAAAGAUUACGUUCUCCGAUUACCUGUUCGGAUGAUAUAAAUGUUGUAGUUUAAUGCCUCUAAUGUUGAGCCUUUUUAGGUUGAAUUGUGCCAAAGUAAUUAAUGCAAUCAUCAAGAUUCAGGGGGGAAAAACCAACAACGCAGCACCAUUUAAUUUUCCUCAAGGGUAACACGUUUUUGUGAGUUCUUUACACGUUUAUUUUUGUGCUUCGAUGGGAGGAUCCAUCAAUUAAACGAAGCAACAAGACGACAGAUCAGUUUUGGAGGUCAAGAAAGGUUUAAAGUACAAACUUGACAGCAGGGUCUUCAGUAUGCAUAAUUUAUAAUCUCCAUGAAUAAUUUAUAAAAAAA